AUGUUGACCUCACGAGCUCUCCGCCAAACCGGCCAGUCCCUCCGGGGCAAGGCGUCCCUCGCCAGCCAGGUCCAAGUGAGGUCGCUUGGCUCAUACGCCGCCCAUGCGAAGCUCCUGGGUGCUUCUCUCCAAGAGGGCGACCCCGAAAUCCAUGCCAUUCUGAAGCGUGAAGAGAACCGGCAGAACCACUUCAUCAACCUCAUUCCCUCCGAAAACUUCACUUCCCGCUCCGUCCUUGAUGCCCUCGGCAGUGUCAUGCAGAACAAGUAUUCUGAAGGCUACCCCGGCGCUCGCUACUACGGCGGAAACGAGCACAUUGACGAAGCUGAGCGGCUCUGCCAGAAGCGAGCUCUCGAGGCAUUCCGUCUCGACCCCGAGCAGUGGGGUGUUAACGUUCAGACUCUUUCCGGCUCACCAGCCAACCUCUGCGCCUACUCGGCGCUCCUCAACACUCAUGACCGCAUCAUGGGUCUUGACCUCCCCCACGGCGGCCAUCUCUCCCACGGCUACCAGCUCCCCCACAAGAAGAUCUCCAUGAUCUCCAAGUACUUCGAGACGCUUCCCUACCGACUCUCCGAGGAGACUGGAUUGAUCGACUACGACAAGCUCCGCGAGAACGCCCUCCUCUACCGCCCCAAGAUCAUCAUCGCCGGAACCUCUGCAUACUCCCGCCUCAUCGACUAUGAGCGCAUGCGCGCCAUCGCAACCGAGACCGGCGCAUACUUGCUGGCCGACAUGGCGCACAUCUCCGGCCUCGUCGCCGCCGGCACCAUCCCCUCGCCGUUCGAGUACGCCGACGUGGUCACCACCACCACCCACAAGUCGCUCCGCGGCCCGCGAGGCGCCAUGAUCUUCUUCCGCAAGGGCGUCCGAAGCACCGACAAGAAGGGCAAGGAGAUCAUGUACGACCUCGAGGGCCCCAUCAACGCGUCCGUGUUCCCCGGCCACCAAGGCGGCCCCCACAACCACACCAUCACCGCCCUCGCCGUGGCUCUGCGCCAGGCCCAGUCCAGCGAGUUCAAGGAGUACCAGCAGGCGGUCCUGGCCAACGCGCAAGCCUUCGCAAGCCGCCUGGGAGACGGACUCGGCUACAGCUUGGUGUCUGGCGGCACAGACAACCACCUGGUUCUCGUCGACCUCAAGCCCAAGGGAAUCGACGGCGCGCGAGUCGAGCGGGUGCUCGAGCUCUGCGGCGUGGCAAGCAACAAGAACACGGUGCCGGGAGACCGCUCGGCGCUGAAGCCGGGCGGUCUUCGACUCGGAACACCUGCCAUGACGACCAGGGGCUUCUCGGCCGAGGACUUCAAGCGGGUGGCCGACAUUGUCCACCGGGGAGUGCAGAUCACCACCUCGGUCGACAAGCUGGCCAAGGAGGCAGCGCAGGCAAAGGGCGUUAAGAACCCCGGCACCGUCAAGGCCUUCCUGGAGCACCUUGGAGAUGGAGCUGCGGUCCCGGAGAUUGGUGCUCUCCGGAAGGAGGUGGAGGAGUGGGUUGGCGAGUUUCCCCAGCCGUGGCUCGAGUCUUGA